AUCGGUGUUUUGUAAGGUGGAAGGGGUUUCGUAGGAAUUUGGGAAAAGGGAAUCCAGGAUAUUCGCUGAAUAAACGCCGAGUGCACCGAGAAGAAGCCAUAGAUCGUGGGGAAUAUCGUUCUGCUGCUGGCUGGCCGUUCGACAGUAUGUGCCAAUGGCAAAAUCCAGCUCGGGAAGCUUCGAUUUGAAGGAACCUCCUCCGCCUUGGCAAAACUGCCAAUAUUGUCUUUUGCCCUCGGCGAACCGGACCGAUAACCAGCACCAGAUCGUGUUCAAAAGUGCGGCCGAGUUCGUGGGUCACCUUCGCCAGAGUCACUGCACGGUGGAAGGAGGCUCGUUCGUGUGCCGCUACGGCUACAACGGAGUGUGCUCUUCGCUCCCGCUGGACGGAGUGUGCGAUCGAGAUUACGAGACCCACGUCACUCGAUGCCACGUGAACGCGCAGCAGAAGGAUCCGCACAUCAAAUGGUCCGUGUUUUGUGCGGCCCAGAACUUGCCGGCCGUCCUCAACGAUCCUAGCCGGGGCAAGCAGACUUACUUUUUCACCAAAAAAUGGGGCGAUACGUUCAGCGAGAGCGCCACGAUCCCGGGGACGGCCCGACUACCGGACGUACGGUGGGAUCAGUUCGAUGCCUACCGAAAACGCAUAGGCGUCCGCUAUCGGGUGCAUACACGCAUCGCGAACGUUCCGACGGCCGAUGCAACUAGCCAGCGUGCCCUUGCCAGUGAUGAUCGGUUACCGAACGGAGUGACCGCCAGUUUGGCCGACAUUCCCGAAGUGUUUCUGAAGCAACAGCUGGAACUCCAUCGUCCGGCUACCUUCGCUGCCGUCUUUUCGGGCAUCGGGUUCGGAGAUGCUACGACUGCCGGGGGAAGUGAGCAGGCUCGUCAAGCAAGCCGCCAGCUACAGGAGCGCCUUAGUCACUAUCUGGACAUCGUGGAGGUACUGAUUGCGAAGCAAGUGGCCGACAAAUCAUCUGCUUUCUUCCACGCGAUGACUUCGCAAGAUGCGAUCAUGGAGCAGAUGGCGGCCGGGCUAACGACGGUGCGUCGUCUCCGCACCAAGAUCGCUCAGAUCGAUGAAGCGAUGGUCCACGAAUCGCUGAGAGUGAUAAGGGCCGAGCGAGUUCGCUCGAACAAUAAUCGAGUGCUGGAGAAGUUGAAACUGAUGGCAACCGUACACCAGACGCAACCGAUGAUUCAGCUACUGCUCAGCACGCAGGACUACGUGGCAGCCCUCGAUCUGAUCAGCACGACACAGGAAAUCCUCGGUCAAGAGCUGACUGGUGUUCACUGCUUUCGCCAUCUGCCAUCACAGCUGUCCGAGAUAGAGCUACUGAUCGACAAGAUGCUCAAGACGGAUUUUGAACGGUACUCGACCGCAGAUCUCAACCGGCCCCUGUCUGGUGAUCUCACUGGCGAUCGCUCGGAAAAGGUGCUCGAGGAGGACAAGCUGAUAUGCAUCAUCUCUGGGUUGCUACGGAAACGGAGCCUCGAUUUCAUCGAUACCUACCGCGAUGAGGCGAUCACGACGGUGCGAGCGAUCGUGAAGCAGCUCGUGAUCGAAGUGAUUGCCUCGGGCGAUGCGGAAGUCUGCCUGACCGGUGCCGGCGAAGAAGCUCAAUCACUGUCCCUCGCGGAGUGGAUUACGUUACUAGAGAGUGCGACGGGUGCGCUGCUGAAGCUACUGCAACGUAUCCGUGCCGUGCACGAUGUUAUGCAGCAGACGGCCGAUGCCAGUGCGGGCAAGAUCACGGAUGACGUGAGCUUCAUCGAUACCGAGGCGUUCCUCUCACCUACCGAUUACGGUACGGUGCAGAGCAAGCUGGCCAAUCUGCUCACUAGCGUGUGCAACUAUUGCCACGAACGGUGCGCAAACCUCGUCUCCAACAAAAGCCUCGAGAAGAGUGGUGCCGCGAGUGCCGAACAGAUCGUACAGUUGACCACGAUCGUAGAACGCUUUGCGGCCGGCUGUGAGGCGGUGUGCGGUGUGGCAAGUGUACCACUAAAGCUUGCUCUGCGAGCCCAAGCAAACCGGUUCGCGCAAAAGUUUCACGCGGAACGAAAAUCAAAGUUGGCCCUGCUGCUGGACAGUGAACGAUGGAAGCAGGCCGAAGUACCGGCCGAGUUUCAGACCAUGGUCAAUUGCAUUGCCCGGGGAGACUUUCACUGGUGUAAGACCACCGGAGCAGAUCAACAGCAGCAGCAGCAGCAGCAGCAUCCUAAUACGAAUGGGAAUGGUGUGACCGGAGCUCGACCAACACCACCACAAUCCGUACUGCUCGUGGAUGGAGAACCAUUCGCACUGGUCGGUGCGGCACUGCUACUGGUGCAGAUUGUCGGCGAGUAUUGUCGCUGUGCAUCACAAUUGCCGGUCAUUGCGUCACAGCUAGCACGCAGUGUCGUCGAUCUGUUACGAACCUUCAACUCCCGAUGCUGCCAGCUGGUGCUCGGGGCAGGUGCACUUCACGUCGCUGGCCUCAAGACAAUCACCAGCAGC